AUGACUGUGCUGCAACAUCACCAUUACAGUCACUAUAUGCGGCAUCCGGACUAUGAUGACGAGAACGCUUAUGGAGCCAUCCUGCCACAAGUCGUGACUGCUGGAACAGUAACGCGACGUGCUGUGGAGCCCACGUGGCUGACUGCCAGCAACGCCAGGACUGACCGGGUUGGCAGUGAACUGAAAGCGAUCGUCCAGGCUCCUCCUGGUUACCACUUGGUUGGAGCUGAUGUUGACUCUCAAGAACUUUGGAUAGCAGCUGUUUUGGGAGAAGCCCAUUUUGCCGGCCUGCAUGGCUGCACCGCUUUCGGCUGGAUGACGCUUCAGGGGAAGAAGAGCAACGGCACGGACCUGCACAGCAAAACGGCCUCCACCGUGGGCAUCAGCCGAGAGCACGCCAAGGUGUUCAACUACGGGCGCAUCUACGGGGCAGGACAGGCGUUCGCCGAGCGUCUCCUCAUGCAGUUCAACCACCGCCUGACGGAACAGGAAGCUGGCGAGAAGGCCCGGCAAAUGUACGCCGUCACGAAGGGAAUCCGACGUUGCCACCUGUCUGAAGAAGGGGAGUGGCUAGUGAAUCAACUGGGCCUCGCCGUAGAAAGAGCAGAAGAUGGUUCCAUAGCCAUGCAAGACGUGUGGCGGUUACAAAGAGAAGCCAAGAAACGGUCUCGUGGAAAGAAGUGGGACAUGGUACGCCGGCGAGUGUGGGCCAGUGGCACAGAGUCUGAAAUGUUCAACAAACUGGAAAGCAUCGCCAUGUCGCAAGCACCCAGCACCCCAGUGCUGGGUUGCCGAAUUUCUAGAGCGGGAAACUCUGGAUAUAUACAGACUUAUUAAAAUAACAAAAGGUUCUUUGGAAAAAGGAAAGUGAAAUUUGAUUUUAAGAAGCUAACUGGACACACUUCCUCCCAGCGGGAUCCUCCAGAAGGAACCUCUUGGUCGUGGACAACUGCUUUUUCUUCUCACUCCAUGUCAAAAGGAGGGGAAUAAACAGACAUCUCUGUGGCUCCCAAGGUCAACGUGGUG